UGCGCCUUUAAGGUCCGCUGGGGGCGUGCUAUCAGCUCCGCGGGGGACGGGAGACCGGGUUGGGCGUCGGACUUGCGUGCGCUCCGAGGAUCUGGCUGGCCGCCCUCGCGUGCCCCUUCCGUGGGCCACGCCCCGCACAGGCUAAAUGGGCACGGACCCGGACCUGGGCGGGCGCGGCGCCGCAGCCCGGGCCAUGGGCAGCUUCCAGCUGGAAGACUUCGCGGCUGGCUGGAUCGGAGGCGCAGCCAGUGUCAUUGUCGGCCAUCCUCUGGACACGGUCAAGACUCGCCUGCAGGCUGGCGUCGGCUACGGGAACACCCUCAGCUGUAUCCGCACGGUGUACGGGAAGGAGAGCGUGUUCGGCUUCUUCAAGGGCAUGUCCUUCCCCCUGGCCAGCAUCGCCGUCUACAACUCGGUGGUGUUUGGGGUCUUCAGCAACACGCAGAGGUUCCUCAGCCAGCACCAGAGCAGGGAGCCCGAGGCUGGCCAGCCCCACACCCUGUCGAGCCUGCUCCUGGCCAGCGUGGCGGCCGGCGUGGUGUCCGUCGGACUGGGCACGCCCGUGGACCUCAUCAAGAUCCGCUUGCAGAUGCAAACACAGCCGUUUCGGGAAACUAACCUCAGUGUGAAGCCCAGGGCUGUGGCUCUCGGGGAGUGGCCAGCCUACCAGGGGCCUGUGCAUUGCAUCGCCACCAUCGUGCGGACGGAGGGCCUGGUGGGGCUAUACCGGGGUGCCAGCGCUAUGCUGCUGAGGGACGUCCCGGGCUACUGCCUCUACUUUAUCCCCUAUGUGUUCGUGAGCGACUGGAUCACGCCCGAGGCCUGUUCGGAACCCAGCCCCUAUACUGUGUGGCUGGCAGGCGGCACAGCAGGAGCAAUUUCUUGGGGGACAGCAACUCCUAUGGAUGUUGUGAAAAGUCGCCUCCAAGCUGACGGGGUUUAUUUAAACAAAUACAAAGGUGUCCUGGACUGUAUCUCCCAGAGUUACCAGAAGGACGGUCUUAAAGGCCAGGGCUGGUGUCACCUGACCAGGGCUGCAUCCCCACAGCUGCAGGGAGGGUGUGGCCAUUCCAGAAGCUGUGAAUCUCAGAAUCCCUGCUCUGCUGAUGCCAAGCGCUCUGUUCUGGCGCUCCGGGCCGGAGCCACCGAGCUGCUGCCUGGGAAGGACCAGUGCUCGAUCACUGUCUCUUUCAGAUCUGCACUGGCAUCUGGUAAAAAGUGGGGUGACAUGGACCCUGCUCCCCACAGCUGCUGUAAACUCCCUGGGAAUUCACAGAGGAGCUGGAGUUGUCUCUAAGUUUCCAAAUAAAAACACUGAAAACUUC